AUGAACGGCCCCAUUCCCACCACCAGGGUAUUUCUUUCGGAGAUCGGAUCUCUGCCACUCCACGCCAAAGUCCGCUUCCUGGGUUGCGUAAGGAAAUACGAUGUCUCAACUGGCCAUCUGAUCCUCGAACACAAUUAUCCUCGAGCUCGAGGUCAAAAUGAACCCGCAGCGGUUCGUGUCGACAUCAAUGUAAUACUCGAGAACAUGAAAGCAGAUUAUCUCAGAGUAGGGACGUGGCUGAAUGUCCUUGGUUACGUGCGGGAGUCUCCGCAGGAAGAAAAGCAGAUGCCUGUUACAGAUUCCAGCUUGAGAUCUGUAUAUAUCGAAGCCAUCAUGAUCAUUCCCGCGGGAGCUGUGCGGGUAGGAGAGUAUGAGCGCAUCUUGCAAGAUGUUCGUGAGAUCAACCAAAGGGUCAAGCGACCAGCUCACGGUGUUUCUGGUUCCCAUAGAGGUUAG